AUGAUCAGACCAUACGGGGCUCCGGAUCUAGCGUUACCACUGAAAUUGACAACCGGAAUACGCACAUCCCCUGCAAAAGAACGUCUGCAUCUGCAUGCCAGCUUUAAUCUGAUCUACUUGAUUCAAUGGAAAGUACAAUCGAGCCUGGUAUUGAUUGUGAAACAACAACAACAACAGCUGAUACUCCAUCGUCAAGAUCAUCACGAUAUUACCGUAUUAUGA